AAUGGGGGUCAUGUAUCCUUUGGUUGCGAGGUCAGGUAUAAAAGCAACGGGGGGACAUCGAGAAAAUUGUGCAAUCCCAUUGAGCCAAAACAUUAGUAACCGCAACCAUGACCAUGGGCAAGAUCAUCUUCUACGAGGACAGGAACUUCCAGGGUCGUUCCUAUGAGACCAGCAGCGACUGCGCUGACAUGUCCUCCUACCUGAGCAGGUGUCACUCCUGCAGGGUGGAGAGCGGCUGCUUCAUGGUCUACGACCGCCCCAACUACAUGGGAAACCAGUACUUCGUCAGGAGGGGCGAGUACUCUGACUACCAGCGUAUGGGCAUGAGUGAUUGCAUCAGGUCCUGCCGUAACAUCCCAAUGCACAGAGGCCAGUUCAGGAUGAGGAUCUACGAGAGGGAGAACUUCGGCGGUCAGAUGCACGAGCUGAACGAGGACUGCGACAACAUGAUGGAUCGUUACCGCAUGAACGACUGCAUGUCCUGCAACGUGAUGGACGGCCACUGGCUGAUGUACGAGCAGCCCCAGUACAGAGGCAGGCAGAUGUACCUGAGGCCCGGAGAGUACAGGAACUUCAGUAACAUGGGCAUGGACAGCAUGAAGUUCAUGAGCAUGAAGCGCAUCAUGGACUCCUGCUAUUAGAGCACCAGUGUAUAAAAGCAAGAUUUUAAAUAAAAUCUAGUCAUUCUCUUUUAAAUGAA